UCUCUCUCUCUCUCUCUCUCUCUCUCUCUCCGGAAUACGAACGUGAUUUUCAUUCUCCAUCGCUGAAGCAAAAGGUACGAUCAACCCUUUGUCUCUCCUGUUGCUUCGGCAAUGGUCACCAUGAACAACUCGGAGACGAAGACAGGCCGAGGCUUGUUAGAUCUUCGUCUUCAUGGCUGAGAUCGAGAGCUUACAAAUUCCCAGAAUUCAAAGAAAAAUUCUGGAAUGUCAUCUCUCGGAUGGGAAGAGGUCGUAGACACUCAGCUGAUUUCAGGUAUGAUCCAUUGAGUUACGCUCUCAAUUUUGAUGAAGGACCUGAUGAAUUUCAGAACGACGAAUUACCUUUUGGGCACUUGUCUGCCAGAUUUCCAGCAACGCCACCAGCGAAAUCGAUUUCGCCGCCGGUGGUUGUAGGGGAGAUCACUGUCUAUAGUUAGGAAAAAAAAAAGGGUAUCGAUGAUCCGGUCUCUUGGAUUUUAUUUCCUUAAUCUGUUAUUCGUUGAUUAUUGUAUAAUUCGUUUGAUCAGCGAAUGAAGGAUCGCUCUAAAAAUUUCGUCUAAAAGGGAAAGAGAAGGAGAAGUGCGAGAUGUCAGGGGAGAAAGGGAGGGGAGAGAGAAAAAGCGGGGCCAAUAGAAGCAGAGGUUGUCGUCGGAGAGAAGAGAGAGAGAACUGCUGCGGAGGGAGAGAAUUGCAGAGAGAAGAGAGGAAAACCACGGAAGAGGCUUCAUUCACAAGGUGAUUUGAGGUUCAAAAUACCUUUUCUCAUUCCAAUCAGAGUCGGGUCCUGUGGAUUAAGAGGUUCUCCCUUUACCUCAGUGUAAGUGAAUUCUUUUUAGAAUUAAAAAUCUUAACAUCUAAUGGAGUCCAUGGCCCCGGCUCCCCAUUUACUUGGACCAAUCAAAGUAUAGCGACCAUGGUUUCGAGUCUCAAUAUUGGAUCCAUCCGAUGGAUAUUGAUAUCAAUACCGGUGGUCAAAUGGUCAGUAGAAGUAGGUAGGUAUAAGAGAAGUAAAGCAGGAAGAGAUAAGCAGGUGAAGUGGAACAGAGGAAUGGAAGCUCUUCUCACCACCACAACCCUCUCUCUUCUCUCCUCUUAGGCAAAGCCAACGACAGUACUGCCACCAUACUCUGCUCUCAAAUCAACUUUCUCUUUCUACUCCACAUUCGUAGAAUGCAUCAGCAGAAGGAUUAAUGCAUCGGCAUCUCCUUCUCUUCCUAUCGGACUCAAAGUCUCUGCUAAUUCCCAAGCUGCUCCUGCUUCCAUGAAGACAUCUGCAAGUUCUCCCAUACCGUCAGAAAUGAGGGCUUGGCUCUAUGGGGAGUAUGGGAGCUUCAACGUUCUUAAAUUUGAUUCCAAAGUUACGGUGCCUGAUGUGGAGGACCAAGCACUGCAUAAGGUUGUUGCUGCGGCACUUAACCCUGUUGAUGGCAAGAGGAUGGGCAAGUUCAAGGCUACUGACUCUCCUUUGCCUGCGUCUGACAAAAAUGAGAAAGUGAUCGCAUAUGAAAUUGAAGCCUUGCCAAUAAUAGGGACACCUACAAGAACACAGACUGCAUUUGCUGAAAUGAUGGACAUAAACAAUGGUGAUUACGGGAUUUGUUGGUGCUCCUUUCAAAAGAAGUGGGUUUCUGGAGCCUCUGUCCAAAUCCUAAAGAGACAAGCAGAGUUUUUGGAGCACUACUGUGGAAUUCAACCUCAAAGAUAUCUUAAUCCUGAUAAAAAUGGGGCUUUGCAGCAUCCAAAUAAAUCAAAGGACGAGUUUAAGAAUUGUCGCAUCAAACUUCUACUUCUGUAACAGAAAUAUAAUUGUAUGUUACAUUUCUUUACAAAAAUGCCUCCUAUGCAAGAAGGCCAUGGUCUAAUCUUCUGAAAAAACCACUAAGCUAGUCCAAAAGUGCUCUUGAUGUUUAAAAUCAUUAAUAUUACAUGCCCAUUUGAACAGAGGAAAUGAGGAAAUGAGACUUAACUAAAGCUAAAGUCUUGGAAUAUCUCUCUUGGUUUUCAAAUCUCAUAAUGCUCAUUAGUUGACCCCCUUACAAAUGACUUGUGGUUACUUGUGCUCCUCUUCUUAAUUCCAGAAAGUUCAC